AAAGCUUUCUAGAAGAUGAUGAAGAAGAGAAUGUCCGGUGGGUAUAGAAAAAUGGGCGAAAACUCAAGAAAUAGGGAAGGAGAAAUCGACUGGGAAAUGAGACCCGGAGGGAUGCUGGUGCAGAAAAGGAACCAGAACGGCUACGUUUUGUGUCCUGAUGUUCGGUUACGUGUUGUUUACGGUGCCGUGCGUUACGACAUCUCCGAGAACUCCCAAGCCACAUUCGGGGAGGUGAAGAAGCGACUAACAGCAGAAACAGGGUUAAAACCGAGUGAACAGAGAUUGAUAUUCAAAGGGAAAGAGAAAGAAAACGGUGAGUAUUUAGACAUGUGCGGCGUCAAAGACCGAUCGAAACUCGUAUUAGUGGAGGAUCCGGCAAGUGUAGAGCGACGGUUCAUCCAGAGGCGGAGAAACGCCAAGAUUCAAACAGCUCAUCGGGCCAUCAACCACGUUUCCAUUGAACUCGAUAAGCUGGCAGACCAAGUUUCGGCAAUAGAGAAAUCGGUCUCCAGCGGAGCUAAAGUCCCAGAAGUUCAAAUCACGACACUGAUCGAGAUGCUAAUGAGACUAGCGAUCAAGCUUGAAGAUGUGGCUGCCGAGGGAGAUGCUGUAGCCCAAAAAAACUUGCAGGGCAAGAAAGUACAGAGAUGUGUCGAAAGCCUCGAGACGUUGAAGAUAUCGUCGGGAAGAGCUAAGGCAGGUACCAGUGUUAUUGUGACAACCCAAUGGGAGAAAUUUAAUCCUUCUCCUCCGACGAUGGCGCUGUGGGAAGUUUUUGAUUGAUCCCUCCGUCCAUUCCAUUAAAAGGGUGAAGAUAGACACAAAUUAACGAGCUAUCUACCUGUAGAUUUACAG